UCUUUAUAAAAAAAAAAUCAAUCAAUCAAUCAAUCAAUCAAUCAUGGCUGAUUGUGUGAAAAAAUAUUUUUCACCACGUUUACUUGAUUAUAUCGUUAUUGUUGGUACACGUACACCAUCCGCCACACAAUCGGUACAGUUGCCACAAUUAUUACGUCGUUAUCCACCAGAAGAUCAUAAAGAUUUUCCAUUAUCACCUGAUGUUGUAUUUUUUUGUCAACCAGAAGGAUGUAUCAAUACGGAUAUUCGUCGGUUAUCACAACGUGAUACAAAUUCAUUUGUAUUUGCUUUGACUGAAAAAGAUACAUCACGUGUACGUUAUGGUAUUUGUAUGAAUUUUCAUCUACGUACACCAUAUUGUUCAACAAAAUCUAGUGAUGAUGAUGAAAAUAGCAACAGUGGUGAUGGUAGUCGUUCCCAUAGAUGCCUUUCACUCAUAUCAUUAUGUAUUAUUUCACAUCAUCCAUUUUUUUCAACAUUUCGUGAAUGUCUAACCACCUUACGGAAAAUGAUUUUUAUGUUUAGCCAACGAAAUAGAGAUAAAAAACAUCGAAGAGAUCUUGUCUGGACUUUGUUGACCACAAGAUUUGAACCAGAUUUCACAAAAAUCCUACCAGAAAAUGUAUUGAAUGAUGUUUGUGAAAUUGAAACCUGGUGUUUACGAUUGUUAAGCUCACCAGUACCUGUUCCUGGUAAAACAAAAGUUGAAUUGGAAAUUCUGGAUCCAGAAAUUCGUCCACCAUUAGUAUUAGCCUUACCUGAUCAUACAAGAUUUUCAUUAAUUGAUUUUCCAUUACAUUUACCAUUGGAAUUAUUGGGUGUUGAAACAUGUUUGAAAGUAAUUACGAUGAUUAUGAUGGAACAUAAGAUUGUUAUACAAUCACGAGAUUAUAAUGCCCUAUCAAUGUCAGUGAUGGCAUUUGUUACGAUUAUCUAUCCAUUUGAAUAUAUGUUUCCUGUGAUACCAUUGUUGCCAACUUGUAUGAAUUCCGCAGAACAGCUACUAUUAGCACCAACACCAUUCAUCAUUGGUGUUCCAUCAUCAUUUUUAUUAUAUAAAAAAAAUUUCAAAUUACCCGAUGAUGUAUGGCUUGUCGAUCUGGAUACAAAUAAAAUAAUUAAACCAACUGCUGCCGAUGAUCUACCACCAUUACCUGAACCAGAAGGUAGUACACUUAAAAAUCAUUUCAAACAAGUGCUAGCAUCAAUGUCGAUUACGAAUCCGGCUCAAUUGAGAAUGCAACAACAAAGCAAUAAUUUUACUCAUCAACAGCAACAGCAGCAGAAACAAAAACAACAACAACAACAGGGAUCAAAUCGAUCAUUCGAUCCAUUAUCAUUCGGCAAUGAUGUGGAUUCGGUCGAUAUAGCUGCAAGAAUAGCAAUGGUUAAAUUUUUCAAUUCAAAUGGUAUAUUAUUGAAUUUUUCUGAAUAUACUCGUACGAUUCGAUUAUUUCCACGACCGGUGGUUGCCUUUCAAAUAAAUUCAUUUCUACAUUCACGUCCUAAAUCAUCUGUCUUCCUAACAAAAUUUGUUCAAACUCAGGCCGUCGAAUUUUUCGCCGAAUGGUCAUUAUGUCCUGAUAAUGUUGCCUUUAUUCGUGUUCAAAAUGGUGUCUAUGAUCCAUCGAUUAUUGGCGAUAAAGCUAAAUGGUAUAGCCAUCAAUUGGAUGCUAUAAAUUUUCGUGUUUGUAGUGGUGGUGCCAAUUGUAAAUUGACAAAAAUAUUUAAAGAAUCUAUUGAAAAAGAAAUGAAUGCUGAUAGUGAUGAUGACGAUGAUGAUGAAGAUGAUGAUGAAAAUGAUGAUGAUAGUGUUGACGAACCAAGUACAUCAUCAUCAUAUUCAUCGCUAAAUGAAUUUGUUGAACAAAUGUGCAAUGCAAAUCGUAUUAAUUCCGAAUAUUUAAAUACAUUAAGAGAUCCUUCCAAUUCAAGUUUUACAUUAUGUGAUACAAGUUCAGUAUUUCAUCCCCCAAACACCGUCGCUCCAGUCAUAACAGCACGAACAAAAAUUCGAAGAAAAUCUUCCAUACAACAACCACAACCAGAAAUCCAUAAAUCAUCAAGUUCAUCUUCAAAUUCAGAUUCGGAUGAUGAUGAUCAACAACAUGAAUUUAAGACAACAUCAUUAUAUGAAAAGACAAAUAUCACUUUGCCCGAUUUGAAUCAGAUAACAUCGAAUUUGAAUAAAGUAACCAGUGAAAGUACGGAAACGGUUGAACCAAUUACAGAGAUUAGUCGUAGUUCAACACCAAAAGCAUUGGAAAAUAUAAGCUAUACUUCCAGUUCAUCCAUACCAAACAUAUCACCAUCAAAUUCAUUGGAUAAAUCAUCCGGUACAUCGACACCUACGUUAACCAAAGCCAUUUCUAUUUCAUCUGUAUUUACACGUUCACAAUCACAAACACAUCGUGAUUCAAUUUCAGGGCAUUCUAUUCUGGAUCGAUUAACACAUGAAGCAAAAGAUAUGGCUAGAGAAGCAAAAGCUGUCGCUAAAGAAGUGGUUGCUAAACCAGCAGCUCAAGCUGGAAAGAAAAAAUUCUUGGCCAAACUUCAAGAUUUCGGUGAACCAAUGAAAGGACAGGCAAAAGAAUUUUGGCGCCAUUCAAAAGAAGAAAAUGAACAACAGCAACAACAACAACAACAAACACAACAAUCUAAUGUUGAUAAUAAUUAUGGACUUCCAUUAUCAUCAUCAUCAUCAUCGAUUAUAUCAUCAAUGUCUAGUGAUUUUAAUGGGCUUGCCGAUAAAACUGCCGGUAUGUUAUCGGGAUUUUUCAGUAAAUCUAAUUUGGCCAAAGUAAAAGAACGCACACAACCAUUUGGACCAUUUCCCAAAGGCAAAAAAGGUUUGAUUGAAAAAUCCAAUCUAAUUCGUCAUACAUCUGCCCAGAAUCAACAACAACAACAACAACAGCAAACAAUAGACCAGAAAAAUCAAAAUCAUAGUGAUAAUCAAUUGUUUUUGAAAGAUUCAAUCAAUUCAGUAUUGGAAGGUGAAGGUAUUGGGUGGUUGAAAUUAUCAAGACUGAAAAAAUUAAUGGAAGAUGAGCAAUAUCGUGCAUUAGUGAUACAAUUACUAAAUAAAGCUAUGCCUCGAAAAAUUGGACCAGAUGAUCAUAUUGAAGAUGUACAAAUACCAAGAAAUGUUUGGAAAGGAUUACUUAAAGUGAUAAAUGCAAUGAUCUAUGGACUUGAACAGAAUUAUUUCCAUCAUGCAAGCAGUAAUAGUAGCAGUAGUGGAAUGGCCAGUACAUUUGCCAUAUUGGAAAUUGCUCAUACACAUUUCUGGGUCAAAGAAAUGACAGCCGAAGAAAAAGCAUCGAUGGCUGCGACAACAGCAACAUGUUCACAACGAUCAACACCUUUUGGUUCGAAUGAAAAUCUUUCUAAAUUAUCAAAUGUUGAACAAACAAUCGGUGAUAAUCAAACAUCACACGAAUUACAAUCCGAAUCGAAAGAUACGCUUGGAUCGAUACCUAAAUCAAAUGAAAUUAGUUGGAAACGUAAUCUAAUGUUGAAUCAAUUGAUAUCAUUUGAAUCGGAUGUAUUGAGUGAUGCAUCACCGUCAUGCAAUGCCUCAGAUGCUGGAUCAUUGACGGGAUUACAAGGACGACAAUCACGUACAUCCAGUGUAUGGAGUAGUAAAUCAUCCAUUUCGGCCGGUUUUCGUUAUCAUGGUGGUGCAUUAAUCGGAUCGAUACCGAUGGAAAUACAGAGAUAUUAUCUAUUCGAAAGUGUUAUCGGUAAUAAUCGUUCAAAUCUUUGGGAUCAGAUGCAAUUCUGGGAGGAUGUUUUUCUGGAUGCCGUUUCACAAGAACGUGACCUUAUCGGUAUGGAUCAAGGUCCAGGUGAAAUGAUGAGUAGAUAUCAUACAUUAUCGGAGAUUGAUAAAAAACGUUUAGAACAUGAAGAGGAUCGUUUAUUGGCUACAUUUCUGUAUAAUAUGACCGCUUUUAUGAUUAUGGUUAAUAUUGAUCGUACAGAAAUAAAACGUAAAUGUCGUCGUUUAUUGGGUAAAUGUCAUAUUGGUCUUGUUUAUUCAGCUGAAAUUAAUGAAGUAUUGGAUCAAAUUGAUUAUCUACAUGGUAAUGAUAUUGAUCUCAAACCAUUAUCAACACGACAAAUACAUCGACAAACAUUUACUGUACAUAUGGGUACAGAUUCAAUGGGCGAUAUGAUGUUCAUGGAGGUUCGUGAUGAUGGCCUCAUAUUACGUUCAAUAAAUGGUAUCAUUAUUGAACGUUGGUGGUAUGAACGUUUAGUCAAUAUGACUUAUUCGCCCAAGAAUAAAGUAUUGUGUUUGUGGCGCCGUAAUGGUGCCCAUACACAAUUGCAUAAAUAUUAUACACGUAAAUGUAAAGAUCUUUAUUAUUGUAUUAAAGAAUCAAUGGAACGUGCUGUACAAAAUGGUACAGGAACAUUGCCAGGUACUGAACUCGGUGGUGAAUUUCCUGUACAAGAUAUGAAAAGUAGUGAAGGUGGUCUAUUACAAGUCUGUAUGGAAGGCGUUGGAUUAUUAUUUGCCAAUAGUAAGGAUUUUGAGUUUUUCAUUCGUUUGGAAAACAUACGAAAAUGUUUUACACAAAAAGGUGGAAUAUUUGUCAUCGAAGAAUUUAAUCCUAAAACACGACAAAUUAUUCAAAGAAAAUUUCGUUCACAAAUGGCCGAUCAAAUUUGUUAUGCUGUUCUUUGUGUUUUCAGUUAUAUUGCCGCUGGUCUUGAACAACAUAAACGUCAACAACAACAGCAACAACAACAAUUGCAACAGCAACAUGGAAAAAUUAAUUCAAAAAAUCUUGGUACAACCAACCUUUUACAACAUCAACAAUCAUCAACGACAACAACAACAUCAUCAUCAUCAACAGUAAUCAGUGCAAUUCUUGUACCAACAUCUCAACAACAACAACAACAACAACAACAGCAGCAUUCACAAAACAAUAAACACAAAUAUCAUAAUUUAGAUUCUUCAUAAAUCUAUAAUUUUUUUUUUCGUUUUGUCAUA